ACCCACCUAACACUUCUUUUUACUUUUUCCAGCUUCAUCUUUUCAGUUUCUCGUAGGAGUGAGUCUGCUCGGGAGGAAGAAUGAUCCAAACUAUGAAAACACACAACCCAACAUGUUUUCUGGUUUUAUGGCUUUGAACGGCCACAGAAACCAGUGUGGUAACCAAGGAGGGGCAAGUGGAGAAGUUUGGGUGUGUCACACUGAAAGUGGGAGGACCACUUCAGUUUUCAGGAAGAGCUCAGCACCUGCUGGUGUGAGAAUCAUUGCAAAGUUCAUGAAGUGAAAGACUGCAGUGCUACAUGUCAGAGACAAAUAUGCAAAGUGUCAGUUCUCCGGGAGGCAGAGUCCUCUCUGAGGACCAGUUUACCUGCUCCAUUUGUCUGGAGGUGUUUGUGGAGCCCGUCUCUACGCCAUGUGGUCACAGCUUCUGCAAGGCAUGCCUGCAAGGCUACUGGAACCACAGCAAGAAGUUCCAGUGUCCUAUGUGCAAGAAGAGCUACUCCAAAAAACCUGAGAUGAGUGUCAACCGAGUCCUAGCUGAAAUAUGCUCCCAGUUCCAGGGGCUGACGGUGGCUGGAGGUGGUGGGGGGACCACAUCACGAGCGGGCCUGCUGAAUGCUAGCCCAGACACAGCCCACAGCAGCUCCCGAGGGCAGGAUACAGGGGAGUUUGCUCAGCCCGGGGAGAUUCCCUGUGAUGCCUGUAUUGGAAGGAAGUUAAAGGCAAUAAAGUCUUGUGUGAACUGCCCUGGAUCUUUUUGCGAGACCCACCUCAGACAUCACAAGAAGGUCAAGACUCUAAAAUCUCAUCGUCUGAUCGAACCUACCCUCCAUCUGGAGGAAAAGAUCUGUAAGAAGCAUGAACGUCUUCUGGACAUGUUCUGCCGCACGGACCACGUCUGCAUCUGCACUGCCUGUGCUGAAGCCACACACAAAUCCCACGACAUCGUCUCCAUCGACCACGAGUUUCAUAAGAAGAAGAGUAAUCUGGGAAAGAAGAAGUCAGAGGUGAAACAUCUGAUCAAAGAGAGAACCAAGAAACUGGAGGAGAUCAAGCAAUCAAUCAAGGUUAUCAAGGCCAGCGCUCAGAAAGAGCUGGAGGAGAGCUGGCAGGUGUAUGCUGAGCUGCAGCGGAUGGUGGAGCAGAGUCAGGCGGAGGUGGUGGAGCUGAUCGCCACGAAACAGCGCGAGGCGGAGCGCCACGCUCAGGAGAUUGCCAGAGGUUUGGAGAAUGAGCUGAGCCAGCUGAGAAGGAGGAGCAACGAGCUGGAAGCUCACGCACAGACCAAGGACAAAGUGCUCUUCCUCCAGAACCUGGCGACGCUGUUGCCCUCACCCGAGCCCACUGAUUGGUCGGCCGUCAGCAUCAACACUGACCUCUAUCUGGGAACCAUCCGCUCCUCUGUCAGCAGCCUCAUUGACAAUUUUCAGGAAGAACUUAAACGUCUGUACGGGAAAGAGCUGCGAAAGGUGCAGAACUAUGCAACUGAGGUGAUUCUAGACCCAUCCACAGCCCAGAAGAACCUGGUUGUCUCUGAUGAUGGUCAACAAGUGAAAUACGAAGAGCGUAAGGUUUCCCACACCGAGGGUCCAAAACGCUUCCACCCUGCCCUCUUUGUCCUGGCUAGAGAGGGCAUCAGCUUCGGCCGACACUAUUGGGAAGUGGAAGUAGGGCGCAAGACCGCCUGGACCCUUGGUUUGGCCCGUGUUUCAGCACGCCGCAAGGGCGAGAUCCAGCUGAGCCCUGAGGGGGGAUACUGGUGCCUGUGGUUGAAGAACGGGGAGGUGAAGGCUCUGGCAGAGACUCGCCUGCCUCUAAUGCUGCCGUCCCAGCCCAGUAAAAUAGGUGUUUUCCUGGAUUAUGAGGCAGGCCAGCUAUCUUUUUAUGAUGUGAAGGCACGUCUACACCUCUACACUUUCAUUGACAACUUCAGCGAGAGUGUGUAUCCGAUCUUCAGCCCUUGUCUCACUCACGAUGGGAAAAACGCUGCUGCUCUCAUUAUAGCCAAUGUUAAACACAGCUGAGUCAGUCACUUAGGCUCAAACUGAACAUUUAAAACACCUUCAGAUAAAAAGGAAGUUUUUGUAUUUUUGUUUAAACAAGUUAACUUGUCUUUAAGAUGCAACACUUCUCAGAUAAGUGAGUUUUACUUGUUUGCAAAGUUUUUUUUUUUUUUUACCAAAAAACAACUUAGUCUUAUCAAACAUAAGAUAAACAAAUAAUGUUGCACCAACUUUUUUUCUAUCCUACUGUGGGCAAUUCUGCCUAACUAAAGACUUUAUUGACUGACUUCAUAUCUUACACUGUGUUGCAAUUUGAUUACUCAGCUGUAAAUAGUUCAAUCAUCUUUUAUCUCACACAUUUGAAGAAGAAACAAUGGGGAUAGUAAACUCUGAAAAUGUGAAGAAAAAUGUGUCAAGUCUUCCUAACUGUACUCUGACCCUCCUCUUUGUUAAUCCCUGAUUGAGCUGUCCAUGCUAGAGAGCUAACUACAUGUAAGCAAAGCUCUUCUUACUGUGUAAGUCUUUCACUAUAGCUAUGAUGCUUUGGUAAUGAAAUCAUAAGUUGAUUGACGUAAAUGUUGAUGUUUUGAACUUGCCUGGAGGGACCAGAUAAGAAGCUGUUGCACAUGUUGUAAAUGUGUUAAGGGGCAUAGAUUGUAUGUUUUUACUAUACAGUUACUUUUGUACCUUUACACUGAACUUCUUUAAUAAAUAUAUUCUCUUAUGA